UGGGAAGAAAUAUAGAUCGCUUGAAAUACCUGGUGCGGGUCAGUUCGAUGAUUAAUCUUAAGGCCGCCUCCCGAGAGCGAGAGGAGAAUCUUGGGGAGGAAGAGUUUGAGGCGGCAGAAGACGGAUUUUGGGUGGUGGAGGAGACGGACGAAGGACAAGGAAGGGAUGUCAGUCGGAAGGAAGGAAGGGAGGAGGCGGCAGGUCGGGUAGAGGGAGUAAUGGAGCGAAGUGGUCAGGUGGAGGCGGGCGGAGGAAAGGAGGGGAGGACGUUUUGGAAGGGAGGUCAGGUGGAGGCGGAGAUCGGGAGGAGGAAUGAGAUCGAGGGAGGGAGGAGGAAAUGCUCCACGGUGCAAGCCCAGCAUUGCGAGUCGUAUGAGAACACUUCCGACAACUUCCACAGGCGAAUAGCAACUGGGAUGCAGAAAAUGGCUUCGGGAGGGGGGGUGAGGGGCUGCUGCUCUCUCUCUCUCCAUCUCCUCCUCCUGUUAUCCGAGACCGUGGCCUUGAUCGUCUCCUCCUCUGCUGCUCCCGCUGGCCCUGCUUUUGGCCCUCAGAUCCUUAUCAACUGCGGAGGAGGUAUUUCUCACACGGACGUUUUCCAGCGAACUUGGUCCGAGGACAAUUACAACGGCUCCAGUCCCUCGCUUGUCGGAACGUCCAGUGAAACUGAUGUCAACGGGACUGAGAACCUUUUGAUUUAUCAGAGUGCAAGAGUCUUCCCUGGACCCGCGCCAUCCUCUGUAGGGCAGGAGGGCACAGCAGCAGGAGCACAAGGUAACCCUACCUAUUCUCUUGCUUGUGAGGAAGCGAGUCGUUAUUUCCUCCGUCUCCAUUUCAAUGCCUUCCCUUUCACAGUCGACGGCACGACCUUCGAUCCUGCCAGAGCGUACUUCUCAGUUCUUGCAGACUCCGUCACCUUGUUGAGGAACUGGUCGCCGCUUCUCGAAGAAGGCGGCGCAGUCAACACAGCAGUCGUGAAGGAGUUCUCUCUCGUCUGCCAACCUGGUGGUGUGAUGAACGUUGUGUUCGUGCCAGUCUCUUCCUCUUCCUCUUCCUCUCCCUCUCCCUCUCCUCAGAUUGUCGAGGCUAGAGGUAGCUCAUCCCCCCCCCCCUCUCCCUCUUACGCGUUCAUCAAUGCAAUCGAGCACGUUUACAUGCCUCCUGGUCUUUACGGCGCUAAGCUUCUUCAAUCGCUCUCUUUCGUCACCGUGAUUCGAUGGAAUUGCGGCUCCACAAGGGUGAGUCCAGGAAGCGAUCGGUUGUUUCGUACAUGGCUGCCCGAUCCCCCGGGCACGAAGGCGGCAACUAACCUAGUACAAGCUCCCGCUGUCGUGGCCGGCUGUAAUGUGGCUCCUGCCUACGUUCCUGCCGACGUGAUGGAGAGCGAGAGGGUUUUCGGCGGGGAGAACCCUCAGUCCUUUUCCGUAGACUACAAGAUCCCCGCCGAGGCCAAUGCGACGUAUUUCGUUCGCAUGUAUUUUGCCGACCUCAGGUACAAGGUCGUGGGAGUCCGAGUGAUGGAGCUGAUGAUCAAUGGGGUUGUGAGGGAGGAUGGGUUCGAUUCCGUCAAGGAGGUGGGCGCUUUGAAUGCCACGUGGCGAGAUUUCGUGGUCGAUCAAUCGUCGUCCGCAUCGGACACACUUUUCGUAAGCAUCAAAGCCAACCCCCAGUCGCUGAAGCGCAACCCACAGAUCAACGGUCUGGAAGUGUUCAAGCUCGGGCAGAGCGACUUGUCGUCUUCUGCCGGCAACGAUCUGCGCAUCGUGCAGGCGCCCGACGGGACAACGCAGGUUGUCGCUCGUCCGCCUUACUCCAUGGAAGCCGCCGCUCAGACUCUGCGCAAGUUCACCGAGUUUGAGGGGAACGCUGCUCUGCUUCCUCAGUGGAUGGCUGGAAAUUCUGAUCCCUGCACAGGCUGGACCGGUGUGCGCUGCGCGGGACCGGGGAUCGUCACCGAGAUCGACCUGUCGUACGUCUCCUCUUCCGCGGGGGGACUUGGGGGGGAAAUUCCGCCCGAGCUAGGGCAGCUCACCACGCUCACGUCCGUCGUCUUGAGCAAGCAACGAUUUACCGGAUCGAUCCCUAAUAGCUUUGGCAACCUGUCUUUUCUGCAGAACUUAGCCCUGGACAACAACCAGCUGACGGGCUCCAUUCCGGCCUCGUUUGCGAGCCUACGACAGCUAGAGAGCCUUGCGGUGCAGUUCAAUUCUCUCUCCGGGGAGGUUCCCGAAGUCUUGUUGAAGAGCGCCACCUUGACGACCUUCCUCUCCGUUGGCGGGAACAACAGCCUUUGCGCGCCUUCCUCUGUCGACAGAGCGAGCACUCGUGAUCUCAAGUACUGCUCGGCAGAGGGCAGCAGCCGAGAGAAGAAAGGCACCCCGACGGGUACCGCGGUGGCGAUAACGGUUGUUGGUGCCGCCCUGUUGAUACUUCUGACGGCCUUCUUAGUGAUGAUGAGGAGGAGGAGGAGGGAAAACGACUCCUUGCUGGGCUCCGACUACUCGGACUCCGAUUACACGACUAAAGUGGCUGCUAGGAAAGGAGGAGGACGCCGCGGACACGGCAAGCGGAUGCCAGAUAGCGACAAGAAGGUGGGCCAACGAUUCACGCUCCAAGAGCUGAGAAAGGCGACGGACGACUUCGACCACACCAGGGUGAUUGGAACGGGUGGCUUCGGGAACGUGUACAAGGGGGUGCUGGAGGACGGAGAUGUGGUUGCAAUCAAGAGAGGCAGUCCGGAGUCCAAGCAAGGAGUCACAGAGUUCCAGACCGAAAUCGUCACCCUCUCGAAGCUGCGGCACCGCCAUCUCGUCAGCCUGGUGGGUUACUGCGACGACGAAGGGGAAAUGAUCCUGGUCUACGAGUUCAUGGCUCUGGGAACUCUGCGGGGGCACUUGUACGGAAAGACCUGUGGCACGGAGUACUCCCCGCUGAGCUGGCGCAAACGCCUGGAGAUCUGCAUUGGGUCCGCUCGUGGACUGGACUACCUUCACUCCGGCGUGCAGGAGAUGGUCAUUCACAGAGAUGUCAAGUCUACAAACAUACUGCUGGACGACAAGUACGUCGCCAAGGUGGCAGAUUUCGGUCUGUCGAAGUCCGGACCGAGUGGUUUUAAUGAGACGCACGUCAGCACAGCGGUCAAAGGAAGCUUUGGAUACCUGGACCCGGCGUACUUCAAGAGUCAGCAACUGACUGAGAAGUCCGAUGUUUACAGCUUUGGUGUCGUGUUGCUGGAGGUCAUCACUGCUCGGUCGCCGAUCAGCCAGCACCUUCCCAAGGAGCAGGUGAACCUUGCGGAUUGGGCCGUGCCGUACUUGUCGGCUGGGAAAGUCGAACAGAUCGUAGACCCCAAAUUGGUGAACACGUAUGGCACCGCUUCUCUCUACAAGCUCGCCGAAGUAGCUCUGCGUUGCCUCGGCGAGGAUCGGGACACGCGGCCGUCGAUGACGGACGUGCGGCGUGGAUUAGAAGACUCCCUGAUGCUGCAGGACACGUCCCUAAGUGUUGUUCUUGACACGCCCCCGGCGCCCAUGAUGUGUGUCAAUUAUGACAGCCAAUACCAUGACUACACCAAUGCCACAGAUACUACCGGUAGUGAGCCUCCCAGCCCUCCGGAUUCCGUGCUCAUGGCCAGGUGACGUCGUCGUCGGAAGCUAUGAAAGUUGGAUGAGGGAAGUUGAUGGGUAAUGGAGGGGAGGAGAAGAGAGCAGAAGAAAGAAGGCCAGACAUGCUAGCAGGCCCUGUAUAUGGUGGCUUUCUCCUUCCUGGGUUGAUACUCCUUCCCUCUUCUCUCUCAUCGCAGGACUUAACACGGGCAAGCGAGCGACAGGAGAUGGGAGGAGAGAGACUGUUGAUGGACGGUACCUGCUCGUCUGCUGUGGUACAUCCCUCCGGUCUUCCAUUUGAGUACUGUUAGUGUUGUUGCAAACGGUGGCCAGAUGCAGAAGGACGUCGGAGGAGUGACGGGCAAUGGGAGGGAGAGAGAAACGGAUUCUUCUUCCCGUGAGCCUGUCGCUGCUGUGACUGCCAUUGAUCUUGUGCUGGGAGGGAAGGGAGAGGAGAGGAGCAAAGCUGAGGCUUCCUGGAAGCACUGUGCUUGAUGGUGCUGGACUCCUGUCUUCUCUCUCUCUCUCACUCCUAGUUGCUCCAUGCUGCUUGACUGCUGUCGACUUUUGUCCGAUUGUUGUGUUUCCCCCUUCUUGCCCUGAAUCUGCUAAAGAUCCGUACGUAAGGUGAAAAUGGGGUGGGGAGAGCACAUGGCAGGAGGAAAUAGGGAGAGGGGCAGAGCAGGUUCGAGAGGCGCCCAUGGGAGGACAAGAGAGAAGGUGAGGGUGUCUUCCAGCACGUGCUUGAAGGCAUUGAACUCCUCUUGCUCACAUUAUCUACGUCUGUCUACCUCCCCCUCCCCUCCCCUCCCCUCCCCUCCUUUGCUCCUGCCCUUCCUCUUUCCCUCUUUGUCUUUGUCUAGGCACUGAGCUUACCUUUGCAUAAUUCUUGGGUCAUGAAUGAGCAAAUGGAAGAUGGUCUCUACUUUGCAAAAGCGGUGCAGAUGGAGACUUGUGAAAUGCGGAGAUGAUUAGACCUCUCUUUUUGGCCUUAGUCUAGGCCGUCAGCUUGCCCAUUCGGGGGGGUCUCAAUCUUUGCUUAAUUCUUCGGUCAGAAUAUGGCCACACAUAAGACGGUGUCCUGCUUCGGAAAUGUGGUGCCGAUGGAGGUUUGUGAAGAUGCGACCAUGACGAGAUCUGGUCGCGCAAGGCUGCCUGUGUGAUGCUGCCAUAUUUCCUUGGACGAUCGGUGUAUGUAUGUUUCUGUACAUGGCUUGACUGCACCGCGUGCAUUCUGUGCAUUUGAUCACAAUCAUAAGGAGAGGCCUUCUGGACUCUGAAAGCAGAGCUUGGGACUUCUAUUGUCACCUAGACUGAUUGGCUAGGACCCUGACAAUAGACUGAUUGGCUAGGACCCUGACAAUAGACUGAUUGGCUAGGACCCUGGGUUUACGACAGGUUGAGUAUUGUUUCUGUGGCCUGGAAGUUCAAAGACUGGGGCCAAUAUGCUGAAAUGGAGGGAUGUUUCGGCGGGGCCCACUUAGUUCUAUUAUUUAGUAUCCACCACUAAACUGCUCAUGUCGUAAUCUCUUCUUCUUAAGGCUGUUGCAGCCAUUCCCUUUCUCUUUUGAACUUUACUUCCGGUCUUUUUUUUUGUUUUCCGUUUUUCGUUCGUUUGAACUGAAACUGCCUCUGAAGUAUUCACUAAUUCGAGGUGGUGGGGACAGGCCAUUCUGACUGUUUGUCGGUAGGGGUACAGUAGGUGGUAUCGACUGCCUCAAAGGUGGUGAGGUGCUAGUAAUCGAUCGUGCCUUGUGGGGUCUUCUUCUUCUUCUUCUUCUCGUGGUCGAUGUGAUUGAUCCUACGUAUGUAGCGCUAUUCUAUCAGGGAUUUGCUGCAGCUACACGGGGCGUGUAGGGAGAAUGAGGCGCACCAAGAGAAACAAACAGCGUCUUUCUGAUCUCAUGCGCGGGGCCAGUGAGUCUUUUGUCUCGGAGCUGUGGCACAGGAGGUGCUGUCAUGAUUUCACACCUGUUUAUCUCGUCCACUUCCUCCGGUUUUUUUUUUCCAUUGUUGUUCGAAUUAGCUGAAGAUGUCUGUAAGCUUGAAGCUGCCUGAUGCGAAGGCAGAAGGGAGCUGGUAAUCGUGCUACGGGAUGAUUCAUUUAUUGUCGACAGUUUCACAAGAAUAAGAUGCCGGAUGGUUGGUGUUCUGGGAGUGAACUCGCUUUCGGAUGACCGAUCUUUUUUCGCGGUUUCAUUGAUUUGAGGAGAAUCGCUGUCAGUUUGUGUUCGGAUUAUUUCUUGCAUGCUGACAUUAUUGUGUUGGGUAAGCAAGGUGGAGAAGGGGAUGUAGAAAGGUGUCAUGCCUAGAGGAGCGGGGGAGGGAGGAAGUGGAGGCGAAGAGGUUCCGGAGUCCGAGAAUCGGGGACCAAGAGGAUAAUCUGAUGAGAGGGGAGAUGCUGUAUGAGGUAACGAAAUGAACGGAAGAAGAUGCAGAGGGUAAGCGAAAGGGAGGAAUGCGUCUCCAUCACGGAAGCUAUCUGUUUGGGCUGCCUACGUCCAAUUCAGAUUUUCUUCCCAAAAUAAUAACUAAAUAAGAAGAUCAUUGUGGAAAAUGUCCAUUAAUUACUGGACGUUGCGAUUAGAUAAACCCAACCCUGUUGA